GAUCCAUAUAAGUCCCGGACUUAUAUCGUGAAAACCUCGAACCAUCAUCGGCGCCCCUUAUUCGGCAGCCACCACCACCAGCGUCGCCCGUCAUGAAGCCCAUCGCCUUGAGCGCGCUCCUCACCGCCGCGGCCGCCGUCGCCGUGCCGGGUGAGUAUGAGAACAAGCCAUCGCAGCCAUCACAGCCUUUCAAGCACCGGAUCCCGACCUCCUACGAGUCGGCCGUCAUGGCGCGGCGCAUUCUCGCGCUCACUCCCCUCGGCACUCUGGCCACCAUCUUCCCAGCGGCCUCCAAUUCUUCCUCGAUCAUGACCGAAGAAGAAAAGAACAACCCGAAGAUGCGGGAGAACCGGCCCGCGGAAGUGGCCGGCAUGCCCCACGGCUUGAUGGAGUACAUCUCAGACUGCGAGUACGCGACCAACGACGUCGGCAACCCGACGCUUCUGGCCAUCAGCAUCGAGACCUCGUUCAAGAACAUUGCCGCCGGUAGCAAUGUUUCUUUGGCGGUGCAGUGGACUCCUCCUCCUCAUCAUCGUUGGCCUCCUCAUGGUCCCCCGGGGCAUAAGAAGCCUCCUCACCAUGGCGAUGAUGACGAGCAUGACCACAAGGAGCACGAAGAGCAUGAACACGAGGACCACAAAGACCACAAAGAUCACAAAGACAAAAAGCACCACAAAGACAAAAAGCACAAGGACCACAAAAAGAAGCGCCCUCACCACCCCCGACGCUUCUCCCCCGCCGCCCUCCCCCGCUUCUCCCUCCUAGGCUACGUCGAAAGGAUCGAAGGCGGCGACGACCGCAGCCAGGAAGGUUCCAUCGGCUCGCAACUCGCCUCGUGCUUCACCAAGGUCCACCCAGACGCCAAGUGGUGGCUUCCGGGCAACCGGAUUCACGAGUCGCACUUUGUCCGGCUGGUGGUGACGCAGGUGUACUGGAUUGGCGGGUUUGGCGAUCGGGCUUAUAUCGGCUGGAUCCCUGUUGAUGAGUGGAAGAAGGUCACAAAAGAGGAGUGGGAGGCGAUCAGGUUGCCGGGGGAGUGGGAGGGUCAUCACGGUAAGCCGCAUGGACCUCCUCAUCCUCCGAAGCAUGAGAAGCCUGAGGAUGGUGGUGAUGAGGGAAGUGAUAGUGAUGGUGAGGAUGAGGGAGAGAAGCAGACUGGGACUGAGAAGGAGAAGGGGUGGGUGGUUGUUCAGGAUGGGAAGAAUGAGGAUUAUGGUGUGAAGGAUCUCUAAGAAGUAAGGUUUCGCGGAGUGUCUACUAUGAUGCAACCAGGCAAAACUCUGACAGUACGUGUUUUACUAUUCUCGAUUUACCUUGCUGGAAUGGAUGGAAGACGGGAGUGCGCUUUUCCUUGGAUAUCACUUACCUAGAUUAUGCUUCCAUCCACGCCAAGCAUUUUGUUUGUACCACAAGCCCGAUAUUAUACCCAAUAGCUGAGAUAAUCAAUCUCAAGAUACAGCCAAGCCCUUCCUUACAUGCUUUUUGCGAUUGGUUC